AUGAAUCUCUCAGCAUCAUCAACUUCUUCUACGACUAGUGUUUCCUCUCCUUCUUCGACGGCAACCUCCUGGUUUUCCGGAAUUGUUCGGGGCCGGACAAAUAGGUCCAGCAGUUUGAAAAUGUUGAAUAAUUCCGGUGAAUAUAUUGCUGGACCUAUUAAAGGCAAGAAUCAGUUCCGCGGUGUGCUUUUCAAGUACGGACCCAAUCCUGUUCAGGUUGCAUUUAAAACAGGUGAUUAUAAACAACAGGUGGUUUUUAUUGGUGGAUUGACUGAUGGUUUUCUAGCCACUGAAUACUUGGAACCCCUUGCAAUUGCUUUGGAUAAGGAGAAAUGGUCACUUGUUCAGCUACUUAUGUCAUCUUCAUAUACUGGAUAUGGCACCUCCAGCUUGAAACAAGAUGCCUCAGAACUUGAUCAGCUGAUAAGUUAUUUGAUCAACAAAGAAGAUUCUGAGGGUGUGGUACUACUCGGGCACAGUACUGGCUGUCAGGAUAUCGUGCAUUACAUGCGUACAAAUGCCGCGUGCUCCCGAGCUGUCCGUGCUGCCAUUUUGCAGGCUCCAGUUAGUGACCGGGAGUAUAAAGCAACUCUUCCUGAAACGGCUUCCAUGAUUGACCUGGCUUCAACUAUGAUAGCAGAAGGUCGGAGCUCAGAAUUAAUGCCCAAGGAAGCAGAUCCGUCUGCCCCAAUAACUGCCUAUAGGUAUCACUCUCUUUGUUCAUACAUGGGGGAUGAUGACAUGUUCAGUUCUGAUCUUAGUGAUGACCAGCUGAGAACAAGACUUGGUCACAUGAGCAAUACACCUUGCCAGGUUAUCUUUUCAAUGGCUGAUGAAUAUGUCCCCGAGUAUGUUGAUAAGAAAGCUCUGGUAGAAAGAUUGUGCAGAGCAAUGGGUGGUGCAGAGAAAGUUGAAAUUGAACAUGGUAACCACUCCCUUUCGAACAGAGUCCAAGAAGCUGUCCAGGCAAUUAUUGAUUUUGUUCAAAGAGAGGGACCCAAAGGCUGGGAUGAUCCUUGGAACUAA